AUGAUGAGCGGCUCGAACGGGGCCAAGCUGCUGGCUGUUGUGCAAAGUCGCACAGAGAAAGGCAGGGCAUUCUCAGCUUCAAAUCCGGUGAAUCAGGCUCGAUUGAUUGGUCCGAAGACGCAAGCACUUUGGGUCCUGCCAAUGGGCCGUUUUGGACGCUUUUUCACAGAUCACAGCAGGUUCUCCGAGGCAGCGUCCAAACGGAUAAGGCCGCCUCGUCUCCGCGAAGAGCGAGGCAGCGGCCUGCGAGGGCAGUCAUUCGUCGUGGAGGGCGGCGAUGUGAGGUCGACGGGCCUAAGGGGCAGCGGAGAUGGUGCAAGUUGGCGGAGGCGGCCUCAUAUGCGGCCGUCAGUCACAGUGGAGCCUGGAGGCUUUGGUUGGAGCAAGGCAUCGCAGCAGAGACAGACCAAGGCCCGUGUUAGAGGCAUGCACCAGCCACCGCGAGGCAGCAUGGCGCAUGAUGAUGAGCAGGACAGACGAGGAGGAGGAGUCCCAGAGAUGGAUGGAGACUGGAGACUGGAGACUGGAGACUGGAGACUGGAGGCAGUCAGUGUUGUCCCCGUCUGGUUGGAUGCGAGGCAGCGCCAAAACGGCAAAGCGGAUGACACUAUCGUGUGUUCUAAAUUGGCUGCCCAGAGGCGCUCGUACAUGAUGCUCUCCCUACUUGUGCUUGAGCUUGUGCUGCUACUGCUCGUGCUAAGGACCACUUUGGAAGGCCAUCUCCCCCAUCGACUCUCCCUCGCCAGUCAUUCGCAGGCCACCACUUCGUACGAGCAACACGCCAAACAUGCAAGCGCUCUCAUUAGCAAGGCUCUCUCAAUGCGCACUACGACUGGCCUGUUCCGAGCCCUCUCACUGCUCAGUGGUCACAAGUCAACUAGUAGCGGGUAUGGCGUCGGGUUGUGCGGGAGCAGCAGCGCCGUCCCAUCGCUCUCUCUUCCUUGGAGGGCUUGGGUUGGGCAGCUUCGUGCCCAACCUAUUCUCGUCCUGUCAUUGAGCGAGCAUCUGCUCUCCCCAUCUUGGAUUCUGCCUCCCGGCGGCGUCGCGGAUGGCAUCCCGUCGUGA